AUAUUUGUAAAUAAUAUGCGUGAAUCAAACGUCGAGCUUCAGUUAUGUGUUUUGAUAGCAACGACCUAGGGUAAUUCGUCCAAAAGAUUUUAGUUGUCUGCUUUUUGUUAUUUACUCUUAGCAUUUCUAGCAUGAAAAUUAAUGAUAGUUACAUCAGUUAUAUUUUUCAUUCGUGUAUUCCUCUUUCUGGGAAAUUAACAACUUAUACAGAAAUGGAUUAUUUAUCAAAAACAUUUUGUUUGUGCUUUUUAUCAGUCAAGACCGUCCAGAUUUUAGGAAAUCAACUUCUGUUUUUGUCAAGAACAAGAUUUUUACGUUUUGGUGGAUUAAUUCAGAGCUAUCAUAGAGAGUUUCCUGUCGCUUCUGUUGAAUGUUCUUCUAAUCGUACCAUUGAUCAAUCUGACAAAGAAAUUACCAUGGGAAAAAUAAAAAAAGCAUUUCCUUCAGAAACAAGUCCCAAGAAGAAAUUAAAAGUGGAAGCAACAGAAGAGAUGAAACUUGUUGAAAAUAAAAGAAAGAGGCCAAAUUAUUUUGUUGCAGUACAAAUAACAAAUCCUGAUAUUCAUAAGGCUAUACAAAGAAUCCAGGAUCACAUUGUUGCUCAAAAUAUGCAGUUUAAUGUCUGCAUGAAUUCCAUUGCAACUUUGCACAUCACAUUGAUGGUAAUGAACAUCAUUGAUACAGAAACUCAUGACAGAGCUUUGAAAGCACUUCGAAGUGUGUAUGAAGAAUACAAUGGUGAAAUGUGUAAAAAUCCAUUAAGACUAGAAUUUUGUGGCUUAGGGCACUUCAGAAAUCGCGUUCUUUAUGCUAAAAUUACGAAAAAUGAAUCAUUUGAACGACUUUGUGGCUUAGCUGAACGUGUUCGAAAACAUUUUGCUGAUUUUGAGAUUUCUUCAACUGAUGAAAGAGAAUUCAAUCCUCAUUUAACUAUUGCAAAGAUUGAUUUUUCAAAGAAAAAACAAAAAGUAUUGAAAAAAAUAGAGCCAUCGUUUUACGAAACUUUCGUCAGUGAGUAUAUAGGUUGUGAAACUGUUGUUGGUAUUCAGCUACUAAGUAUGACUAGUCCAAAAAAUGACGCUGGAUAUUACUGUGGAGAAAAUCUGAUUUUUGAAUCUAUUCCUGGCUGUAGUCGACAAACACAUUUGGGAGAUAUAAAUAAAAAGAAAAUGGACAUUCGAAUGAAAAUAGCUGAUUUAACUCAAAGAAUUUUCAAGUGACUUGUAUCUCAAAUUUGUAAGGAAACAAUAUCCGAUGGACUAUACUAAAUAAAUGGUCCUGAGACGUUGUUUAUUCUAUAAAAUACAAUAAUUGUGUUGCAACACAUUUGUUAAACUUUUAUACAUAUCUUUUGUAAGUUUAUUAAAAGUUAAUUCGCUUUCUAUUUCUGGCACAUUUUUCUCCAGAAUGAAAGAUUCUAACAUAUUAUACAAAUAUAUUAAUUUCGGUUGUUGGGAAAAAAAUUAGUUUAUAGAUCCAUUUAGUAUGAUGAGCCUUGGCCAUUAGUAACUUUCUUUGAGGAUAUUCAUGAAUGCUAGGUAUUCUAAUUAGACCGUAAAGAAAAUAUUUCGUUGGUGAUGAUCAUGAGUAAUUUUAUGAAACCACUUUCAAUCUGUGGAGAAAUUUUUGUUGCAGGUAAAUUAUUAUGAUACAGAAAAAGUUCUCUGUUGUCCUAUGUUGCAAUAUUAUAAUUAUUUGUUUUGGUAUUGAUUCAAAUUCGUCUCAUGAGAGAUAAAGCAGAUCAACACAAAACAAUUUGGAUAAUUUCUAGAUCAUCUAGAAUCGAAACUUUUAGAAAUUAGUAAUGUAGGUUUUUUUUUUAAUAUAUUGCUAAAAUUCUUUCUUUUAUUCAGUCAUGUAGUAUAUUUUUUAAUAACUCUGCUUCAUGUUAUUUAAAUAAACACUCUUAAAAUGUUAAGAAAAAUAUUUGCAUACUUUUAUCUUCCCAAUCUAAGUUUUUGCUUAAACUUUAGAAUUUUACACAAAAAAAUGGUUUCAAAAUUAUUAUUUGGAGUACUCACACAGACUUCUCGAUAAGACAGUAUUAUUUAAUACCGAUUAUUCUAUGCAACUUUUGUUCUUAGCAAAAUAUAAGAAAGCUUUUCAAUUAGGUGGAGAAAAGCAGCAUGAAAUAUUAAUAAUGUUUAAUGGGCUGUAAUAGAGGACUAAUGUUUUUGUUUAAUUUUGUACAAAUUAUACAUAUGCAGUUUUAAAAUAAUUAACAUAUGAUUAAGCCUGAAUUUAAAAUCUUGUUUCAAUAAACAUUUCUGUCCAUUUAGAAUCUUAAUGAUAUAAUUAUUUAAAAGAAUUUUAUUUGCAUUUUAUUGUGUGUACUUUUUUUAUAAUUUUUUUUUAAUUUGUAUUGUUACGAUGAAUCAUAUUUAAAAAUUCCUCGCAAAGAAAAAAAAUUGAAAUAUGUGUAUAUAUCUGUAUAUGAUUCCUUAAACAUUUAAAAUACUUUGUUUUGCCUUUUAAAUUUUCUCUCUGCUACUAACCCCACUACUAAAUGGACUAUACAUUAAGUCCAUUUAGUAGUGGGAUAGUUGAAAACAAGUAAGUAGACUAAUAAAUAGUUCGGUUAUUGGUAAGUUCCAGAUAAUAGCUGAAACCUUAUAGUUUCUUUUCUUUUCUCUAUCUCUCUCUCUUUUUACUUCCUAAAAGGUUUAUAUCUACUUUUCUUAUCUAAGUAGACCGAUACACCUUGUUACUGUGAUAAAAAAAUAUUUUCAUGCCUGUGCAUUUUGCAAUAUUUGAAUUUAAAACCUUCCUCUCUUUUUUCAACUUGAUUUAAGUGUCAUUUUGAAGUUACAAUCGACUAUCAAUAACUGUUCUCACAAUGACUUGGAUGACAUCUGAGCAAUCCCCUCUAAAUUAGUACACCAGUACAACAUACAGACGUUUGUUAAGGUGGUCUGCCGAAAUGUAGAAUACAGCAAAAUUGCUUCAAUGCUGCUUUUCGCUUUGUGGAAUUCUAAAAUUGUGUCAGAAGGUCCGAUAAGUUAUUACUGUAUAGACCUUCAAAAUGCUGCUAUUUUUACGAAUCCUAAAAGUCAAAACAUUUAUUAGUUUCAUAAGUGAUUUCAUAGAAUAUUCAGUGUAAUUCAGUAUUCUUCUUGACUGCAUGUAAAUGGUGCUAUACGUGUUUAUAUGUUUUGAUCUGGACGAUUAUAUGGCUUAUUAAAUGAUACUUGUUUUCUCGAAAAAACAAAGAAAAUUUUAGCAACAAAACAUUCUUUUCAUGGAUAAAAACGACCGAAUGUAUUAAAAAUGGUAAUUUUGUCUAGCGUCUCUUGUAAUCCGGCAAUCUUGUGACUUGCAUCAUUUAAUUGGAGUAAUCUCAUCAGUUUGUAACGAACGGUAUUUAUUCCCCCCGCACUCCUACAAAUGCACUCGCUUGUUUGACGUAUAUUUCUGUGUGAAUUAUAGUUUCUGAUGCAUGAGAGGAAAGCUGGAAAUUAGAUCCGUAUCUGACUUGGCAACGAGCGCACUUAAAUUUUUUUGUAGUAAUGAAUAAUGAAAUAUUUCCAAUGUCUCUUAUAAUUUUUAUCAAUUUUAAAUAAUUAUACGAUUGAUUGAUAUUUAUUCUAGUAUUUUUGGCUGUUUACAUAAAUUAUUUCCUUUAUAAAUACGAAUAUCGACGUCCUUCAAAGGUGCGAAGAAAUAAUGGAAGAGCAAAAAUUAUUGAAUGUGAAAAACGAUGAAUUUUGAAACUCUUAUCUCAUUAUUUUAUGCAAAAGAAAAAGGAUCAACUAUUUCGUACAAAAAGAAAACUAUGUAGAAUUACCCAAACAUAGUUCUUGCUUUGAAAACUGCAUGGAAUUUACUAACGUGCUGUUACUGAAUAAUCCACCGAUAACAUUGUGCUUUCAAAUAAGCAUCUAAUGCAGUCGCAAAAUUUUUUAAAGACAACGCGAAAUGAUACAGGAUAACGAUAAUUUUUUAAUUUAUAAUGGGGAAGAGGCUGGAAAUGUUUAUUGUAUUUAAAAAUAUGGUAACUUUUAAAAUAUUGUAUUUGAUAAUUUUAAUAUAAUCGUAAAAUGAUGUAAAUUUUGUAAUAGUAUCGGAUAUUUAUUUGUAUUGUGAUUUUUAUGAUUGUAUAAGAUGCUUCUCUUCUCCAAGCUUUUGUCGCACAUCAAUGUGUGAAUAUUAAUUUUUCUCUUAUGAAAUGCAAACAUAAAGCAUAGAUCUGCUUGUCUAUUCAUAUAUGUUAUAUAUUAAUUCUAAAAUCAGCAUAUAAAUUUUAUGUCUGUGAUUGGCACGAUUACAUUUAGUUGAAUUUUUCUCUGUUAUGUUAUAUUCCCAUCUCAUAAGGAAGCCUCCCGAUGGCUAUUUAGUAGUGGAAAUUGAAUUGUGAAUGCUGAUAAAUGAACCAAACCACUAGGAAGACUUCUGAGCGUUCAUGAGAACCUUCAAAUUUCCACUCCAAAACAAAAAUGCUCAUAAUUUGAUGCAUAGCGCAUAGGUACAAUUAUAAAAAAAAUAAUGUAUAUAUAUUACCAUAAAUAGCGCUUAUACAUGUAAGUAUAUGAAAAUAGCGAAUGUAGAAUUCACUCCCGGUUUUUAAAAAACAAAAUGUUUAACUUGCCAUUUAAAAAAAAUGUGCAUUUAAAAAGCAUCAAUUUCAUUAAUAACUGAAAUAAGCUCCCCCCCCCCGAAAAGGAGAAAUGUUUAAUGCUGGGAAAAAUGUUUUCAUUUUAUUGGAUCUGUUAUAGGUUUCACAAACUACAUGCACUUAGGAGCAUAAUAUUUGUAAGGAGUUUGCCAAAAGAAAAUAAAAAUCCCCUUACAUUUAUUACGAAUAACUGCAUACUGUCGUUUUCUGUGGGUUACCGAAGAUUAGACAAUCUCUUGUACAAUUUUAAUGUUUUAAACUUCUUAAUAAUUAGUGUGAUUUUUAAUGUUUUUAGAUUGAUUGUAUAUACUUAUUACAUAAAUGUUUUAUAAUGUUCUUGUUAUUCACUGCUUAUAUCUUUAUGUAUGUAUGUGUGUGUUGUUUUGUAAUGCACUCUGUAACUGGAUUUUUUC